ACUUCCGGUCCGGAGCACUGGGUUUCGGUUGAAGGCUGAAACUUACAACGGGGAUUAAAUAAUAUCACCGCGGCUGCAGAGAUGUCGGUGAACGGUAACAGAUUCAGCUCUUUGACCCUAGUGCAGUUGAACGAGCUGCUGGAGGACGAAGAGAAACUGAGUAACAUGGUCCAGGAGAUGGACGAGGUGCAGAAUGUGAAGCUGAUGAAAGAAAUGACCCUAGCAAGUAAUCGCAGCUUAGCAGAACAAAACCUCCUACAUCAGCCCACACUAGACCGUCUUAAAGUGCAGGUAACAAAGAAAUAUUGUCAACUGCAGGAGCAGUUUGAGAAGUAUCAGAUGAGGAAAACGACACUAGAUCACCAGUCCAGCAGGGGCUCCAUCGACACACUCUUGGCUCUCCUGCAGGCAGAAGGAGCUAAAAUUGAAGAAGAAACAGAGAACAUGGCUGAAAUGUUUCUCGAAGGGGAAUCGUCCUUGGACUCAUUCAUUGACGAGUAUCAGAGCAAGCGGAAACUGGCUCACCUGCGCCGGGUGAAAAUCGACAAGCUCCGGGAGAUGGUGCUGAAGGGACACCGGCUGCCCCAGGCUCCAGCGCAGGCUCCCCUGGCUCCAGAAGCAACCCCAGCCCCCCAGACGCCCCCUUCGUUCUCCUCCGACAGCAACAUUCCUCCUCUCCCCAUGCCAAGACGGGCUCCGCCUGCACCUCCAGCCAUGAGCGCUGCCCAGCCCACUCCUUUCACUGCUGCAAUGCAAUCAGGGCCAGCUCCUCUGCCUUACCCAGUCACUCCGUACCCUCCUAUACCUCCUCGAGUGGGCAACCCACUCCUAAACCAGCCUACAGCAGGUUACCCCAACCCGUUUCUCCAUCAGUACCCACCAGCACUCCCUCAAAGACCCCCACCUCAUCUUGCCCCGCAGCCCGGCUUUAUCAUGCAGUGAACAGGUACUGUAGUUAAGUGCAAAUGUCUGGACAGUAGAAAUACAUGUAAAAUACAUACAUAUGCAUUGGAAAGCUGUUUGAUAGGAUUCACAUAAUGUAUGCUUGUAAAUGCCUGGAUAUUUGGUAAAAACAAAAAAACCACUUCAGUUUUAUGUAACUAGUUAAGGUGUGUUUUGGUUGUAUUUGUUGCUUUGGUAGAGAAUUCAAAUUGCUCUGCGGGUCCUGAUUCACUCCAGGCUGUUAAGUCAUACAGAUGGUUUUAUAUAUAUUUUUUCCUAUUAUUGGAAACAUAGAUGUGGUAGUGUAUUGAAAUACAUUACAAGUUUAAGUUUUCCCUAUUUUAAAUCUUUUUUUUUUCAUAUGAUAGUAAUCUCAAUUUUAUUCUGUUUCGAAUUGUUAUUUACAUUUAAUGACUGAUCACAAAAUAGGACAAGCUGUACAAUAACCCUGAAUGUUCAUGAUUGAACAGCACUGUACUGUGGGGUACACUUUAGAGAGGAGGCUAAGAAUCAGAUCUAGAAAGUUCAACAGUAACAUGCAUUGAAGGGAUUUACAACACACUGUGCUACAACACCUGUGCUGAAGUUCAAACUACAGCUAAAGUGAACCUAAACAUUUUGGAUAAUCAGGUUAAAAGCGCAAACCAGCUACCAAAGAUGUUGUUUUUGUGAUUAUUUUUAUUUUUUUAUUUUAGGUUGCUGGUGUUUUUUUUUUUAUUAUUAUUUUUUAUUUUGUAUUAUUGAGUAUUUAACGUUGUGCACGAAGGUUCCACAUGAGACCAGUUUUUAUAACCACUCUUUGUUGCACCUUUUUGUACAUGUACAAAUAUAUAGUAAUUUGUAUUUGAGCUGGUUGUCGAAAGUGUUCAGGGAAUAUCAGUUUAACCUAUAGAAAUGUUGCGAUAAAUGUUUUUGGAAAUUUUAAAACCAUAUAUGCAUGUGACUUUAACGUGCCUUAGUAGCACUGCUUAGGAUGGGUGGACUGCAACAGAAAGCUGGCUGGCAUCAGUGGGCACCUCAUUGGGCACUGUUACCUUUUUGUUCUAGUCUUCCUAGCAGGGUUUAGUGGGAUGUUGAUAUGCAGGAGGUGUAUUUUGGGGGGGAAAUACCGUUACUAGUUCAGAGGAAAAGCCAUUUAUUUUCAGAAUCUGUCUGCCCUGUUUUGGUUUCUGAAACACAAACAUAAAAAAAGAAGUCAUUACUCAUUUAUGAGGAAUAGACGUUUCAGCUGUUUGCCUAUUUUAGUUGCAUAUAGUAAUGUUGUACUGCACGAGUUAGUUCAGUGGUCAGCGGUGCAGUAUCUCAGGAAAGAUUUUAGACCAAAUAGAACAUGCCACUGUAACAGAGACCCUAACUGUGGCAAUGAAUAGAAAGGUCUUUUUACAGAGUGUAAAUAGUCUCGUGCUGCACCCUUUUUUAAUCGAACACUGUAACAUAACUGAAUAUCUGAAGUAAAUGCUGUUUUCAGAAUUCAGUGAGAGGUAUCGAGUACAAGUGCCACAAUAUAAAACAUCAAGUGGUUUGCUAUUCUGCUAGCACUCUGCUGUUAAAGCCAUCCUUUGUGCUCCUAGCCUGGUCACUUGUGGGUUAGAAACUAGUUUUAAUCUAGACUACAGCUACAGUACGAUGGUCUGAUGUAUAGCGCGCUUUCCAAUUAGGACUUUUGUACCAGCCUACAUAUCAACUGCAUAUCUGAUUUAAAAAAAAUAAUAGUAAUAAUUAAAAAAAAAAAAAAAAAAAAGAAAAUAUGUAGAUUCUCUGUCAAAACUGCAAAAAUGUGAGUUUGUACUCCUACUUCGUCAAACUGUCAACAUAUAACGUGUGUAUAUAGUCUGUUUUUUUUUAAAUUAUAUUUAACAGUUUAAUGUAGCUGCUCCUUUCCUAACAAUUUUCAUUAUUAAAAUAAAAAUAGCUGUGAUUUAAAAAAAAUACAUAUGUGCUAGACAUUUUGUUCAUUGAGGUGCUGAGGUUUGUCCUUAACUAAAUUGCCAUAGUAAAACUUCAGGACUAAUUUGCUGUAUACCCAAUCAGCAGCACUUCGUGCCUAUAGAAAGAAGUUCAAUAACCACAAAAUUGGUCAAAGUGUGAACUUUCAGGGUGUAAAAGCUCCACCUAGCCUUUUGUAGUUCCUGAUUUUUAUUUAUUAAUAUAUUGGUUUUAGGUUUUAGGUGGUGUUUUUUUUUUUUUUUUUCCAAUUCAUUCAUUAGCUCUGCUGCUAAGCAUUGGUAAGCCAAGCUUGGAAAGCCCUGUUUGGCUUCAGAAUUGUGCAUGCAUUAACAUAAAUAAUUUGCAUCUUCAUUGUUUGCAUGCUGUAGUGUGUGAGCGUGCAGGUGCAUUCCGCAUACCUGAAAUCUAGUUCCAUGCAGGUGUGGGGAGCCAGCUAACCUCAUUCAAGAGCUCUUUACCCAAAACCUUGAUUCUGAACAUCCUAUACAAUAUGAAAUCUACCCUAUGUCAGCAAUAGUGCUAAGAAGCAUGCUAUUGCAAUUUUGAGCAUGCAUGUGGUGUAGAUGGAACCGUAGCUUUUGAUACAAGUGCGGCUACCGAGCCUGCCCAGCUCAGCCUAGCACGUACCAUUAAUCCAGAUACAUCUCGGAUCAAACAAGAAAUUACUGGCCUUGCCAGUUUAAAAUGGUUGCCAAACUCUGCCUUUUUUAACUAAACUGAUAUUAGUUAGAGAAAUUGUAUCUGCAUCCUUUUAUUUGAAUCUUGUUCAACAGUAGGUGGAUCUUAAACUCCCUGUGAUAUGUGAGCCUCAGUAAGCACUAUAAUCUCAGAAAUCGCUGUUUUUCUAAUGUAAAAAGUAGCUCCUUCUACACUCCUAAUGUAAAAUAAAAUGUAAUAACUCUUCUGUAUGACUAAUGAAGGUUGUAGUGGUGGACUGCAUACGUUACCUCUGACUAUUUUAAAUAAUAAAUAAAAUGUUUUUAUAUGUUUCUUGUUGCUUAUGGUAUUUCUGUAAAUAUUAACAAUGCCUUGUAUCUAUUACUUUGUUUGUUUUUGACCUUGAGGCUGUGGAGGUGUACAAUACAAGCACUUUGUCAAUGCUGUGCAUUUCAUUUCAGUGCUUGAAAGGAAAGUUCCCUGCCUUUUUUUUUUGGCUAGGUCUUUGCACCUCCUUUUAGAUUAGGAACUGUCUUGUUCCAUCAUAGCUGACAUUCUGGAUCAGCCACUCUUCUCUCUACCAGGUAUGAGUCAGCAAGACAGUUCCACUUGAAAAGCCUUGCUUUUACAGAAUACACCUUGCUUUUAAUGAUUACCCUAGAUGACACCUAUAGUGUUAUCCACCUGACUCAUUCCAUAGCUGCUCCUGUGAUUCACUAGAUUGUUUGUUUUAAACUGUUUUUAUCAGCUGGCCUGUAUUGAUUUAAAGUGUGGCCAAACUCAGUGCAGCUAUAUAAAUAAAGAGGUAAAUGGUGUGCAAAAAUAAAGAUCAAUGGGAUGCAAGUAUUCUGACAGCAGAGAUGGAUUUCAGUUUCACAGUGCUGUGCUCCUUAGCAGUUGUUUGUCUGGUUUUAAAUGAUGUCCUAGCAGAGGGUUUCAGCUGUAGUUUUUGUUGUUUUAAAUGAUGUCCUAGCAGAGGGUUUCAGCUGUAGUGCCGCACUUGGGGGGAAAAACCCACAUCAGGGAAUUUUUCCAGAAGUGUCGUCUCAUCCAACAAUGUGGCAAAGGCGAAUGCUCAGUUUCACAUAUUGGUUUGUUUUGCCACACAAAAAAAAAAAAAGUUACUUUACUUACAUUACUUUUUUUCUUGUUGUAGAAGGUGCCACCUGGUGGUUAAACAUUUAAUCCACACUCUGAAUAGUGUCAUGGUCUUAUUUUUAAAAGUCUUUCAUGUGGCUAACGUUAUACAAUCUAUUGGGCGUUGAUUUUGAGUAAAACUGAGUAGAAGAACCCUACAUGCAUACCAAUUUGAACUAAAUGUGAACAGAUUUUCCCAUAAGCCAGGUCCAGCCAUUUUUCAUUGGGCAUGUCAUUACUGUAACCAUGGUUGCUGUUGCUCAUAGCACCACACAACAACAUGUUAAACUUUGAGCAGAAGCGCAGUAAAGGAAUGCAAGUACAUCCCCCAGGUGUCCUCACAAUUCAGUUACAUUUGGGGAUAAGAUAAGGACAUUCUGUCUCUUUGGAUUGUUGAGUUUCUUGGAACCAUAAACAUGUUUGUUUUAAAAGUAACAUCAUUUAGUUGAGGUUUUAACCAGACUGAAGGUUUUGAUCACAGUGACCUACUUACAAACACAGAAUUGGGCUUGGGGGUUUGGAUCUGUGGUUAAGUCAGCUGUGUGAUGUUUCCCAAAGUGAAUGAGUGUUCUUUUACUGUUUCACUGUUUCUGCAGGGUGAAUAGGAAGUGGUGUUUCCACCUAAAUAUUUUGCUUGUGUAUAUGGGGAGGGUGGUACAGUACUGAUUUGGCUGGACAGUUUCUCUGGCUAUCUUAGCAAAAAACAUGUAGAGCAACAUUACCGGAUGUAGACUCAGCAAACCUGUGCAGAAAUGGGAUCUGCAGUGGAGGUUAGGAAAUCGGUUCUCUACUAUCUGUUCAACAGCUGUGUAAUUUUAAAAUGUAAUAAAGAAACUAACACCAA